AUGGGGAUCUCCACGGUCAUCCUUGAAAUAUGUCUAUUAUGGGGACAAGUUCUAUCUACAGAUUUGACCCUGAGGCUGGUGAAUGGAGGUGACCAGUGUAAGGGCUGGGUGGCGGUCAGGUACCAUGGUUCCUGGGGCACCAUGUGUGAUGACUUCUGGGACAUCAAUGAUGCCAACGUGGUCUGCAGGCAGCUCGGCUGGUCAGCCCCAGGAAGUGGCUGGUUUGGCCAAGGCUCAGGGCCGAUUGUCCUGGAUGACAUACGCUGCUCAGCAUAUGAGUCUUACCUGUGGAGUUGCCCCCACAAUGGCUGGCUCUCCCGUAAGUGUGGCCACAAUGAAGACGCUGGUGUCAUCUGCUCAGUUGGGCCUCCAAGAGAUAAUGCAAAUGUGUAUGUUUCUAAGACCAAUUUGCGUUCUUUCCAGUUGAGGCUGAGCACAGCCCAGGUCACAGAGCAAACACCCGCCUUGCGAAUGCAGGAAUGCCGGGGAGACAGGAGACGUCUGCCUCUGAGACUGGUGAAUGGAGGUGACCUGUGUCAGGGCCGGGUGGAGGUCCUGUACCAAGGCUACUGGGGCACUGUGUGUGAUGACAGCUGGGAUGCCCAGGAUGCCGAUGUUGUCUGCAGGCAGCUCGGCUGUGGCUAUUCCGUGUCAGCCCUGGGCUGGGCCCACUUUGGUCAGGGCUUGGGAAACAUUCUCUUGGGUGAUGUGCAUUGCUCAGGAAGGGAGCCCUACCUGUCAAGCUGUCCCCACAGCGGAUGGUAUAACCACGAAUGUGGCCACAGGGAAGAUGCCGGUGUCAUGUGCUCUGAUUCUCUCAUUCCCUCGAAGGCAUCCCUGGAGGUAACAUCAGUAGAAGAUACUGUGUUUCCCUCGGAGGCGCCCCUGGAGUCAACUGUAGCAGAAGGUUCUGUGUUUCCCUCAGAGGCGCCCCUGGAGUCAACUGCAGCAGAAGGAUCUGAUUAUGAUUUGGCCCUGAGGCUGGUGAAUGGAGAUGGCAGGUGUCAGGGCCGGGUGGAGGUCCUGUAUCAAGGCUCCUGGGGCACCGUGUGUGAUGACAGCUGGGACACCAAUGAUGCCAACGUGGUCUGCAGGCAGCUGGGCUGUGGCUGGGCCAUAUCAGCCCCAGGAAAUGCCCGGUUUGGCCAGGGCUCAGGACCCAUUACCCUGAAUGCCCUGCAGGCCCUAAGACCUUGUCUCUCAGUAGGAGUGUACAAGAGAAAUUCUGUGCCUUCCUAGGAUCUGGAUUAUGAUUUGGCCCUGAGGCUGGUGAAUGGAGAUGGGCAGGUCAGCCGGGUGGAGGUCCUGUAUCAAGGCUCCUGGGGCACUGGUGAUGACAGCUGGGACACCAAUGAUGCCAACGUGGUCUGCAGGCAGCUGGGCUGUGGCUGGGCCAUAUCAGCCCCAGGAAUGCCCGGGUUUGGCCAGGCUCAACCCAUUGUCCUGGAUGACGGCACUGCUCAGGGUACGAGUACCACCUGUGGAGCGCUCCACAAUGGCUGGCUCUCCCAUAACUGUGCCAUAGUGAAGAUGCUGGGUGUUAUCUGCUCAGGUAGUGAAUCCAGUUUGGCCCUGAGGCUGGUGAACAGGAACAGGGUCAGGGCUGAGUGGAGGUCCUAUACCCGAGGCUCCUGGGGCACCGCAGAUGACUACUGGGACACCAGUGACGCCAAUGUGGUCUGCAGGCAGCUGGGCUGUGGCUGGGCCACAUCAGCCGCAGGAAAUGCCCGGUUUGGCCAGGGCUCAGGACCUGUCCUGGAUGACGCGGCGCUGCUCAGACAUGAGUCCUGGCCUGUGAGCUGCCCCCACAAAUGGCUGCCUCACAACUGUCAGCACAGUGAAGACGCUGGUGUCAUCUGCUCAGACGCGUUGCCAACUAAUCUCACCCUACCUGCAUCGACAGUAGGUGAAUAGUCCCUCACCUCCCUAGCUUGGCUCCUGAGGCUGGUGAAUGGAGGUGACAGGUCAGGUCAGUGGGAGUGGUCCUAUACUGAGGCUCCCAAACUGUGUGAUGACAGCUGGGACACCAAUGAUGCUAAGGUCUGCAGGCAGCUGGGCUGUGGUUGGGCAUCAGCCCCAGAAAAUGCCCGGUUUGGUCAGGGCUCAGGACCCAUUGUCCUGAUGAUGCGUUGCUCAGAUGAGUCCUACCUGUGGAACUGCCCCCACAAUGGCUGGCUCUCCCACAACUGUGGCCAUAGUGAAGACGCUGGUGUCAUCUGCUCAGUCCUUCAAACACCCCCAGCUCCUGAUAGAGAUGGAUGAAGGGUUCUCUUGUGUUCCCUUGCAGGACCUGAAUCCAGUUUGGCCCUGAGGCUGGUGAAUGGAGGUGACAGGUGUCGGGGCGAUGAGGUCCCAUUCCGAGGCUCCUGGGGCACUGUGUGUGAUGACUACUGGGACACCAAUGAUGCCAAUGUGGUCUGUAGGCUUGGCUGUGGCUGGGCCACAUCAGCCCCAGGAAAUGCCCAGUUUGGCCAGGGCUCAGGACCCAUUGUCCUGGAUGACGUGCACUGCUCAGGCUACGAGUCCUACCUGUGGAACUGCCCCCACAAUGGCUGGCUCUCCCACAACUGUGGCCAUAGUGAAGACGCUGGUGUCAUCUGCUCAGGUGAGUCUCUAAGACUUUGGGUCUCCUCUCUUGGGGUAGAUUUUGCUCAGGAAGUGAGGUACACGUUGUCGACCAGCACCUUACCUGCAUCGACAGUAGGACCUGAAUCCAGUUUGGCCCUGAGGCUGGUGAAUGGAAGUGACAGGUGUCAGGGCCGAGUAGAGGUCCUAUACCGAGGCUCCUGGGGCACUGUGUGUGAUGACAGCUGGGACACCAGUGAUGCCAAUGUGGUCUGCAGGCAGCUGGGCUGUGGCUGGGCCACAUCAGCCCCAGGAAAUGCCCGGUUUGGCCAGGGCUCAGGACCCAUUGUCCUGGAUGACGUGCGCUGCUCAGGACAUGAGUCCUACCUGUGGAGCUGCCCCCACAAUGGCUGGCUCUCCCACAACUGUGGCCAUCAUGAAGACGCUGGUGUCAUCUGCUCAGUUUUCCACUCCCAGUCGACACCUAGUCCAGACACUUGGCCGACCUCACGUGCAUCAACAGCGGGAUCUGAAUCCAGUUUGGCCCUGAGGCUGGUGAAUGGAGGUGACAGGUGUCAGGAGCCAGUGGAGGUCUAUACCGAGGCUCUGGGGCACCGUGUGUGUGAUGACAGCUGGGACACCAAUGAUGCCAAUGUGGUCUGCAGGCAGCUGGGCUGUGGCUGGGCCACAUCAGCCCCAGGAAAUGCCCAGUUUGGCCAGGGCUCAGGACCCAUUGUCCUGGAUGAUGUGCGUUGCUCAGGAGCAUCAGAGUACCUGUGGAACUGUCCCCACAGGGGCUGGCUCUCCCACAGCUCUGCUCAGUCCCAGUCAACGCAUGGGCAGCUUGAACUCAUAAUCAGUAUGGAUGAAGGGUUCUUGUGUUCCUCUGUAGGAUCUGAAUCCAGUUUGGCCCUGAGGCUGGUGAAUGGAGGUAACCGGUGUCAGGGCCGAGUGGAGGUCCUAUACCGAGCCUGGGGCACCGUGUGUGAUGACAGCUGGGACACCAAUAGUGCCAGUGUGGUCUGCAGGCAGCUGGGCUGUGGCUGGGCCACAUCAGCCGAAAUGCCCGGAUUUGGCCAGGGCUCAGGACCCAUUGUCCUGGAUGACGUGCGCUGCUCAGGACAGAGUCCCUGCCUGUGGAACUGUGUCCCCACAGAGAACUGUCUCCACAACUGUGGCCAUCAUGAAGACGCUGGUGUCAUCUGCUCAGGAUCUGAAUCCCAGUUUGGCCUGAGGCUGGUGAAUGGAGGUAACCGGUGUCAGAGGCCGAGUGAAAGGUCCUAUACCAAAGGCUCCUGGGGGCACCCGUGUUGAAGUGACAGCUGGGACACCAAUGAUAUGCACAAUGUGGUCUGCAGGCAGCUGGGCUGUGGCUGAGCCACGUCAGCCCCAGGAAAUGCCCGGUUUGGCCAGGGCUCAGGACCCAUUGUCCUGGAUGGCGUGCGCUACUGACAGGAGUCCUACCUGUGGAACUGUCCCCACAGAGCUGGCUCUCCCAACUGUAGCCAUCAUGAAAGCGCUGGUGUCAUCUCUGCUCCAGUCCCAGUCAGCGCGCCCAGGCCAGGAUCUGAAUCCAGUUUGGCCCUGAGGCUGGUGAAUGGAGGUGACAGGUGUCAGGGCGAGUGGAGGAAUCUAUACCGAGGCUCCUGGGGCACCGUGUGUGAUGACGGCUGGGACGCAAUGAUGCCAAUGUGGUCUGUGCAGGCAGCUGGCUGUGGCUGAGCCACGUCGCCCAGGAAAUGCCGGUUUGGCCAGGGCUCAGGACCCAUUGUCCUGGAUGACGUGCGCUGCUCAGGACAGGAGUCCUACCUGUGGAACUGUCCCCACAGAGGCUGGCUCUCCCACAACUGGCCAUCAUGAAAGGCAGCUGGUGUCAUCUGCUCCAGCUGCUCCAGUCCCAGUCAGCAGCCAGGCCAGGAUCUGAAUCAGUUUGGCCUGAGGCUGGUGAAUGGAGGUAACCGGUGUCGGGGCAGGAAGAUCCUAUACCGAGGCUCCUGGGGCAGUGAUGACUACUGGGACACCAAUGAUGCCAAUGUGGUCUGCAGGCAGCUGGGCUGUAAUCCUACCUGUGGAACUGUCCCCACGAGGCGGUUUGGCCAGGGCUCAGGACCCAUAGUUCUGGAUGACGUGCGCUGCUCAGGACACGAGUCCUACCUGUGGAACUGUCCCCACAGAGGCUGGCUCUCCCACAACUGUGGCCAUCAUGAAGAUGCUGGUGUCAUCUGCUCAGGUGGGCCUUCUAGAUUUUCCAGACCCAAGGGUGGGCUCCCUCUCUUGGGGUGGAAAUCCAAUUCUGGUGUGUCCCUGAGGCUGGUGAAUGGAGGUGACAGGUGUCGAGUGGAGGUCCUAUACCAAGGCUCCUGGGGCACCAUGUGUGAUGACAGCUGGGACACCAAUGAUGCCAAUGUGGUCUGCAGGCAGCUGGGCUGUGGCUGGGCCAUGUCAGCCCCUGGAAAUGCCCAGUUUGGUCAGGGCUCAGGACCCAUUGUCCUGGAUGAUGUGCGCUGCUCAGGGAACGAGUCCUACCUGUGGAGCUGCCCCCACAAUGACUGGCUCUCCCACAGCUGUCAGCAUAGUGAAGCCACUGUCAUCUGUUCAGCCACCCAGAUAAAUUCUACUGUGUCAGAUUGGUGGCAUCCAACAACUACAAUCACUACAAGACCCUCUUCAAAUUGUGGUGGCUUCUUAUUCAGUGCCAGUGGGACAUUCUCCAGCCCAUCCUACCCCGCAUACUACCCCAACAAUGCUAAGUGUGUUUGGGAAAUAGAAGUGAAUUCUGGUUAUCGCAUAAACCUGGGCUUCAGUAAUCUGCAAUUGGAGGCGCACUAUAACUGCAGUUUUGAUUAUGUUGAAAUCUUUGACGGAUCAUUAAAUAGCAGUCACCUGCUGGGGAAAAUCUGUAAUGAUACCAGGCAAAUAUUUACAUCUUCUUACAACCGAAUGACCAUUCACUUUCGAAGUGACAUCAGUUUCCAAAACACCGGCUUUUUGGCUUGGUAUAACUCCUUCCCAAGCGAUGCCACCUUGAGGUUGGUCAAUUUAAACUCAUCCUACGGUCUAUGUGCCGGGCGUGUUGAAAUUUACCAUGGUGGCACCUGGGGGACAGUUUGUGAUGACUCCUGGACCAUUCACGAAGCUGAGGUGGUCUGCAGACAGCUGGGGUGUGGACGUGCAGUUUCGGCCCUUGGAAACGCCUAUUUUGGCGCUGGCUCUGGCCCCAUCACCCUGGAUGAUGUAGAGUGCUCAGGGACAGAAUCCACUCUCUGGCAGUGCCGGAACCGAGGCUGGUUCUCCCACAACUGUCAUCACAACGAAGAUGCUGGUGUCAUCUGCUCAGGAAACCCACCAUCGACACCUGCUCCUUUUCUCAACGCCACCCGUCCAAACACAAAUUAUUCCUGUGGAGGCUUCCUGUCCCAGCCAUCAGGGGACUUUUCCAGCCCAUUCUAUCCCAGGAACUAUCCGAACAAUGCCAAGUGUGUGUGGGACAUUGAGGUGCGAAACAACCACCGUGUGACGGUGGUCUUCAGAGAUGUCCAGCUUGAAGGUGGCUGCAACUAUGAUUAUGUUGAAGUUUUCGAUGGCCCCUACCACAGUUCCCGUCUCAUUGCUCGAGUUUGUGAUGGGGCCAGAGGCUCCUUCACUUCCUCCUCCAACUUCAUGUCCAUUCGCUUCGUCAGUGACCACAGCAUCACGAGGAAAGGGUUCCGGGCUGAGUACUACUCCAGUCCCUCCAAUGACAGCACCAACCUGCUCUGUCUGCCAAAUCACAUGCAAGCCAGCGUGAGCAGGAGCUACCUCCAAUCCUUGGGCUUUUCUGCCAGUGACCUUGUCAUUUCCACCUGGAACGGGUACUACGAGUGUCGGCCCCAGAUAACACCGAACCUGGUGAUAUUCACAAUUCCCUACUCAGGCUGCGGCACCUUCAAGCAGGUAGACAAUGACACCAUCGACUAUUCCAACUUCCUCACAGCAGCUCAUGUGGCAUCAUCACGUGGCAUCAUCACGAGGAGGAAGAACUUCCGUAUUCACGUCAGCUGCAGGAUGCUUCAGAACACCUGGGUCAACACCAUGUACAUUGCUAAUGACACCAUCCAGGUCGAGGAAGUCCAGUAUGGCAAUUUUGACGUGAACAUUUCCUUUUAUACUUCCUCCUCUUUCUUGUAUCCUGUGACCAGCCACCCUUACUAUGUGAAGCUGAACCAGGACUUGUACGUUCAGGCUGAAAUCCUCCAUUCUGAUGCUGCACUGACCUUGUUUGUGGACACCUGCGUGGCAUCACCAUACUCCAAUGACUUCACAUCUUUGAAUUAUGAUCUAAUCCGGAGUGGAUGCGUGAGGGAUGACACCUACGGAUCCUACUCCCAGCCGUCUCCUCGCAUUGCCCGCUUCCGGUUCAGGGCCUUCCACUUCCUGAACCGCUUCCCCUCCGUGUACCUGCGUUGUAAAAUGGUGGUGUGCAGGGCAUAUGACCCCUCUUCCCGCUGCAACCGAGGCUGUGUGAUGAGGUCCAAGAGGGAUGUGGGCUCCUACCAGGAAAAGGUGGACGUCGUCCUGGGUCCCAUCCAGCUGCAGACCCCCCCACGCCUAGAAGAGGAGCCUCAGUAGGUGGUCGCUCUCAGACCCCACUGCCCACCAGGGCACAGACCCCUGACUCUCGGGGACUUGGGAUGUUUCUCUUGGUGUCAUACUCCAACUCAAAUUGAGCUCUACACUGUGCUGCACCUGGUCAUACAGAGUUGAAUCAGACCUGGUUCCUGCCUUCCCCAAGGCUCAUGGUCCUUAGAGGACCCAUUGCAGGGCGAGGUCAAGAGAGUUCUGACCUGGAUGGCCCAUAGACCUGACGUCCCAGAAUCCAUGCUUCUCACCUGUGAAAUGAAAAUGUCAAUACUUACUUCUUAGCACUGUUGAGAGGGUUACAUAAAAGAAUUUUGGUGAAACUGCCUC